GAUCUGUCAGUUUGUCAGAUUGUUGUCAAACAUAACCUGCAAAGCGUUUGUUGUUUUGCCGGUUUUAACCAGUUUUUUACGUGAAAACCUUUCAAAAUUGACGAAAUGAAGGAAACUACUGGCGAUGUCGACACCAGGAAUGUCGUUAAAAACCGAGAGCUGCUUUACCGCAUGAUUAUAAGUCAACUGUACUAUGAUGGCUUCCAACCCAUUGCUGCAACGUUGGCGGCGGCUGUUCACGCUGACCCGCCUUGUCCGCCCAGCGACAGGCUGCUUAACUUGAUGAUGGUGGGUCUGCAACAUGAGCCUGAUCGCAAAGACCGUCUGGCUGCCUCUAGUGGAGCUGAACAUUUGCUCGGAACUACUGGGUUUGAUCUAGAAUACGAAAUGGACGCAUCAUCGCUGGCGCCGGAGCCGGCGACGUACGAGACGGCGUACGUGACGUCACACAAGAUGGCGUGUCGCGCCGGCGCCUUCAGCGCGUGCGGGCAGCUAGUCGCCACCGGCUCCGUCGAUGCCUCUAUUAAGAUUCUAGACGUGGAGCGUAUGUUGGCUAAGUCAGCACCCGAGGAAGUGGACCCUGGCAGAGAGCAGCAAGGACAUCCUGUUAUUAGGACUUUAUACGACCACACAGACGAGAUAACAGCUUUAGACUUCCACCCGCGGGAACAGAUCCUGGUGUCUGCUUCAAGAGACUGCUGCAUCAAACUCUUCGAUAUCACCAAGGCCUCCGCCAAGAAGGCUUAUAAGAGUAUCACCGACGCCGAACAAGUCUUAUGCGUAGCCUUCCACCCGCUAGGCGACCACAUAAUAGCGUCCAGCACUCAGCCAGUCAUCCGUCUGUACGAUGUGACGACCAGCGCGUGCUUCGUGUGCCCCAUACCCUCGCACCAUCAUACCAAACAAGUCAAUUCUAUACAGUUCUCACCAAACGGCAAGUACUUCGCUAGCGGUAGCGCGGACGGGUGCGUGAAACUGUGGGACACAGUGUCGAACAGGUGUUUCAACACCUUUAUCAACGCACACGACGGGUCCGAAGUUUGUUCCGUCGCCUUCACUAGGAAUAGCAAGUAUCUAUUAACAUCGGGACUGGAUUCAUCUAUCAAGCUAUGGGAAUUGGCGAGCAGUCGGUGUCUGAUACAAUAUACGGGCGCUGGUACCACAGGCAAACAAGAGCAUCACGCCCAAGCCGUUUUCAAUCACACUGAGGACUAUGUAAUGUUCCCUGAUGAAGCUACCACGUCUCUCUGCACCUGGCAUUCUAGGAGUGCCAGUAGGUGCCAACUUAUGUCGCUAGGACAUAAUGGAGCUGUCAGAUUCAUAGUACACUCAGGCACCGCACCGGCGUUCCUAACGUGCAGUGACGACUACCGCGCGCGUUUCUGGUACAGACGCAACACGCAUUAAUCGCUCAGAACGGCGAUUUGUUGCUCGGUGAUUAACACCUAAUAGCGGUGAUUAGUAGACGAUCGAGUGUAAUUGUCAGAAUUUUUUAAGAUAAGUUAGAUAUAAGAUUUUGGGUAUAAAAUCUAGGUUAAAGAUUAUAAAACGUUUCAUAUUUAUGCAUUUAAUGAAGAAAUUAAUGUAAGCAUUCAAAACUUGAUUUGGUGUAUUUGCAUUAUUAGUAAAUUGUUUGUGCAAAAUUCAAAAAUAAGUGCUCAUUUAUAUAGAGAAAAUGCACUGAUACUGAUGUAAAUUGGUGUCAAAAUUUCGAAAUAAUGCUAUAAUAUGUUGAGGUAUUUCAAACUGAAGUUUGUGAAAUGACUGCCUGAAUUGUAUUUUUCCAUUUCCGUAUUUAAAUAAUAAACGUAUUCAAUAUAAA